UUUACAAGAACCACUUCGCAUAUAUCGCCGGCCAGGAUGUUAAAAACAGUAAAACCCAAGACCGCUCGGUCCAAGAGGAUCCUGGAGAAGAAACAACCGCAAUUAGUCGAGAACCCGAAGACAACCCUCUUCCUCCGCGGCCAGAAUGCAAGCCAGGUCGUCCAGCUCGCCCUCGCCGACCUAAACGCCCUCAAACGACCGUUGUCCAUCCGAUUCACCAAGAAGAACGAUGGCAUCCAUCCGUUCGAGGACCCGUCGUCGCUCGAGUUCUUCUCUGAGAAGAACGAUGCCGCGCUCCUCGUCUUCGGCUACCAUAGCAAGAAGCGCCCGCAUUGCUUGACAUUCAUCCGCUGUUUCAGCCACAAGGUGCUGGAUAUGCUGGAGCUGUACAUCGAUCCGGAGUCGUUCCGCACGCUGAACCAGUUCAAGAACGAGAAGUGCGCCGUGGGCGCGAAACCGCUGCUGUCCUUCUCGGGGACGCCGUUUGAGAGUCCGACCACCAAUGCAUACAGCGUCGCCAAGAGUCUGUUCGUGGAUUUAUUCCGCGGCCAUGACGCCCCCAGCAUCGAUAUCGAGGGGUUGCAGUACAUGAUCCAUAUCAGCGCGGAAGAAGAGGUGGAGGGCCAGCCGGCGCCGAAGAUCCGGAUGCGGGUCUACAAGCUCGUCACGAAGCGGAGUGGGGAGAAGACGCCGCUGGUCGAGCUGGAGGAGAUGGGGCCACGGAUCGACUUCCAUGUUGGGAGGCAUAAGCAAGCGGACGAAUCAAUCAUGAAGGAGGCGUUGAAGAGGCCGAGGGCGCUCGAGGCCAGGACGAAGAAGAACAUCGAAACAGAUAUCGUGGGAGACAAGGUCGGCCGGAUCCAUGUCGGCAAGCAAGACCUCACCCAUCUGCAGACCCGAAAGAUGAAGGGUCUGAAACGCGAUCGGGGGGAGUCAACUGUGGACGCGACCGACCUCAAAGAACGCUCUGCAAGCCCGCCGCCAAAGAAAUCUCGUGCCGAGACUUGAGAUGUUCCGCGACUCUCACGAUGCAAGCAUAUCCAUCCACAUGGGUUGUCGAUACUAAAUUCACCAAGGAGUCGUGUUGCAGGUCUCGACAAGUUAUGGUGGAAAGAGGGGGCCAAUCCCCCCGUUUCGUCGUCACUGUCAUGAGCUGUUUUGUUGUGCCAGGGUGUUUUGGUAGAGGCGCUAGGAGCGGGAAAAUCAGCGAUAGGGUUAUCGGCGAGGAGGAUUAGGAAAACAUACCAACAAGUUUCGCAGCAGGACGACAAUGGUCAUCUUGCCAAUCGCGGGGAUAUAUAUCGAGGCGCGAUCUUUGACGCCGGGCGCGAAGUUCUACGAGGCGUUAGUGUCAAGCGAAGGAUGACAGGGAGAGCACCUAACCUUUUCGCUGGAGAAGUUGAUGCAGACCGCGCCGUCUUUGAUCAGCUCCAACGGCACCUUGAACUUGUCGCCAGGUACACCGCUAAUGACCACAUCACUCAGUGGAAUGCAGUCCUUCAUCGUCC